AUGCCCAAUAGAGCAGCAUCCCAGAGCAAUUCCGCUGAGGGACCCCUCUCACGACCGGCCCUGACGGUGCUAUCAUGGAACGCCGAAGGUAUAUCAGAUGCCAAGGAGGAAGUCCUUGCACAUAUGUGCAAACAAAUGAACUGCGAUGUGCUAUGUCUUCAAGAGACUCACCGCGGCAGCGACAAUCCACGGCCCAAGAUCAAGGGUAUGAAGCUUGCCAUCGAGCGGCCACAUCGCCAAUAUGGAAGUGCUAUCUUCAUGAACGAGAAGAUCAGACCGGAUUCUACAUCCUAUACCCACAAUAACGACAUCGAAGUGCUGAAUGUGACAAUCAAAGGACUAACGAUCUCCUCCAUCUACAAGCCACCAAACAUAAGUUUUUCGUAUCCUUCCACCACUACCAAUAGGCAUAUUGUAAUUGGCGAUUACAACAGCCACAGCACGCAAUGGGGAUAUGAUACCACUGGAGAUGAUGGAGCACUAGUUGAAACAUGGGCCCAAAACAACGACCUAAAACUAAUCCACGAUCCAAAGCUCCCAAAGUCUUUCGCCAGUGCCCGCUGGAAGAGACGUUACAACCCGGAUCUAGUUUUCUGCAGCAGGCUGCUUGCUCCCACCAGUCGUAAGUUUGUAGCUGAGCCGAUUCCAAGAUCCCAACACCGACCCAUCGGCAUUCAACUGACUGCAGUUAUCACACCAAACAAGACCCCGUUCAAGCGCAGGUUCAACUUUGCUAAGGCAGACUGGCCUGCUUUCACCGAACACCUUGAUCAUGCCCUAACACAUCUCCCUGCAGAUCCAAAGAACUAUGAAUCCUUCAUAGAUAUAGUCAAGAAGGUGUCACGUACACAUAUCCCAAGAGGCUGCCGCACGACAUACAUUCCAGGCAUCGAUGAGGAAUCAAGUCAGCUUCUGGCAAACUACACCACAGCCUACGACACAGAUGCCUUCUCAGAGGAUACCAUCAACCUUGGAGAAGAGCUUAUAUCAAGGAUAUCUCAACGACAUAGGCAGAUGUGGCAGCACAUGAUUGAAACAACAGACUUAAGACACAGCAGCAGGAAAGCGUGGGCCACCAUACGCAAGCUCGGAAUUGACAGCACCAGAGCUCAACAGCAUUAUAAUGUUACGGCUGACGAAGUAGCAAAUCAGCUGUUGAAAAAUGGAAAGGCCCCCAAGACGACUAAUUCACACAGGCACAAACUACCUGGAGUUGACCAGAACAUGUCUCUUUUCACAAGACCUAUUUCUGAAGAAGAACUACAGAAAGGUAUCUCCACGCUACACGUCAACAAGGCGGCAGGCAUCGAUGACAUCAGAUCGGAGCAGAUCAAACACAUGGGCUCUGUAGCACAAAAAUGGCUGCUAGACAUGUUUAACAACUGCAUCGAGAACACAUGUGUCCCAAAACAGUGGCUCCGAACCAAAGUCGUCGCUAUCCUCAAGCCAGGAAAGGACUCGAACGAAGCCAAGAACUUUCGACCGAUCUCGCUCCUGUGCCAAACAUACAAGCUGCUUGAACGCCUUAUUCUCAACAGAAUUGGGCCUCACGUUGACAGCCAACUGAACUGUGAGCAGGCAGGUUUCCGACCAGGAAAAUCCACCACGGGACAACUUCUCAACCUGACCCAACACAUCGAAGACGGUUUUCAGAACAACCUCAUCACAGGUGCAGUAUUUGUGGAUUUAUCUGCGGCUUAUGACACUGUCAAUCACCGAAGGCUACAGACAAAACUUCAUGACAUCACAAAUGACCUCAAACUCACCAGAUUCAUUCAGAAGAUGAUGCAGAACAGACGCUUCUUUGUCGAACUGGAUGGGCAGAAGAGCAGAUGGCGGAAACAGAAAAACGGUCUCCCCCAGGGUGGCGUCCUGGCGCCAACACUCUACAACAUAUACACUGCUGACAUCCCUUCAACAGAGAACACUCGAAACUUCAUCUAUGCAGAUGACACCUGCAUCACAGCCCAGCAUAGUACCUUCGAAGCUGUUGAACUCCAUCUCAACACAGCGCUCGCAAGCCUUUCGGAGUACUACAGAGCAAACUACCUACGGGCAAACCCAUCCAAGACUCAGGUGUGUGUUUUCCACUUGAAGAACAGGGAGGCAAAGAGAGAACUGAAGCUAAAGUGGAACAAUGUGCAACUUAACCACUGCGAGCAUCCAGUGUAUUUAGGUGUAAAACUUGACCGCACUUUAUCCUUCAAGAAACAUAUCGAGAAGACAAUAGGCAAAGUAGAAUCUCGAAAUGCCAUCAUCGGGAAGCUAGUAUCUUCACACUAUGGCGCUGACCCCAAAACUGUACAAAGUGCAGCUGUUGCUCUAUGCAUGUCAUCCGCAGAAUAUGCUUGCCCAGUUUGGAGCAGAUCAGCCCAUGUGAAGAAGCUUGACACCACACUCAAUAACACAUAUCGAAAGAUAACAGGAUGUCUGAAACCAACAAAAGUUGAGGAGAUAUAUCACCUCGCUGGCAUUGGAUCUCCUAACCAAAGGCGCACUAACACCUGCCUAAAGGAACGGAUGAAGCAGGCGACAGAUGACAAACACAUGCUACACGGAUACUUACAACCCCACAAACGACUUAUAUCCCGACACAGCUUCCUCGAUUCUGUCCCACCACCUGAACAGAAUCCUCCACCAUCAGUCAAGCCCGUACUCAUCAAAGGUCUUAACCUGAAGUGGCCGGAGUGGCAAUGCCUAAAUCGAAUGCGGACGAGAAUGGGACGGUGUAAGGUCAAUAUGGCAAGAUGGGGCUAUGCCCAUGAAGGAGAUACUCUCUGCGACUGCGGAGAGACUCAGACGAUGGACCACCUCUUGCAGUGCGGCGGAACGGUCCUCAAGCAGGUUCAUCCAGAUACCGGCAUCUCCAGUCGGGCCAUGGUCAUCAUGAACAGCUUCGUCAACGACAUCUUCGAGCGAAUUGCCGGCGAAUCUUCCCGCCUCGCUCAGUACAACAAAAAGUCAACCAUUAUUAGUCAUCCCGUGCAGGGCUCCAGUUUCCAGUGGGACGUGUUCAUCGGUUUUGGUAGCGAUAUACUUCUUUAUUGCUUGCAGCGAGGAGCCAUUGCGGUCCUUCAACUCGGUGAUUGCUGUAGCAACCAUAGGGUUAUACGCAGCGAAACGAGUAAAGAUGCAGCGAAACGAGUAUGUCAAGCAAUCAAAUAA